UGGGAAAGUCAAGGGCAAACCCUAGCAAUACUGUAUACCAAGACGGUCAGUCAGUUUUAUGGGAUGUUGUCCAUCCUCUGGACUUUGCUGCUUGCCCUGGCGCUGCUGAGUGGAGAUGGAGAAGCCCAGAGCUGCAAACCAGAGCUGAGAGGCCUUGUGCGCAACUUAGCCAAACACCGUCCAGCCUUUCAGUCCUCCAUGUUUGCAAAUUUGGACAUCACCGUGGCGACCAAGGCUGUGGAUGGGAAUUGCGACGGGGACUUUGCUAAAGGCCAGUCCUGCAGCCACACCGAAUGGAACUGGGAGCCCUGGUGGUACGUGGAUUUGGGGGACAGCUACGCCAUCGCUACCGUGGUUGUGAAAAACCGUGGGGACUGCUGUGGGCACAGAAUUCAGGGAGCCCAGGUCCGCGUGGGAGACAACCUGAAGGACCAUGGCAAAUCCAACCCCCUCUGUGGGACCAUCACAGAAACCGGCCUGGGAUCCAUCAUCAUCAUCAGCUGCUAUGGGUUGAAGGGACGCUAUUUGAGCAUCAUCAUCCCGGGCCGGAAAGAGUACCUCCACGUCUGCGAGUUGAAGAAAAGAAGUUCUGGUUGCCAAUUUGCCAAGAAGGGCCACCAACAUUUCUCUUUUUCCCUAAGAAAAAGAGGCAAGUUUUCCUUGUGGGACAAAGGAGGACCCCUCUGCAGCCCAAGAUCCAGCACUGGGACCUUGUCUUUCUGCGGGAUGUCCAUCCUCUGGACCAGUCUGCUUGCCCUGGCGCUGCUGAGUGGAGAUGGAGAAGCCCAGAGCUGCAAGCCAGAGAUGAAAGGCCUUGUUCGCAACUUAGCUGAAAACCGUCCGGCUUUUCAGUCCUCCUUCUUAGAAAAUAUGGAAACCUGCUUCGCAAACAAGGCUGUGGAUGGGGAUUGCAAUGGAGACUGGUAUAAAAGCAGCUCCUGCAUCCACACUGACCGGGACCAGGAGCCCUGGUGGUACGUGGACCUGGGAGAUCACUACGCCAUCGCUGCCGUGAUCGUGAAAAACCGGGGGGACUGCUGUGGGGACAGGAUUUGGGGAGCCCAGAUCCACGUGGGAGACAACCUGGAGGACCAUGGCAAAUCCAACCCCCUCUGUGGGUCCAUCACAGACACCAGACCAGGCUCCAUCAGCACCAUACACUGCUAUGGGUUCAAGGGCCGCUAUGUGAGCAUCAUCAUCCCCAACCGGAGAGAGUACCUCAAUCUCUGCGAGGUGGAAGUGUAUGGGACCAAGAUACACAAUGUGUGCUAAACAUCACCCGUUCUAGUUUUUGUUGUUGUUGUGACUUCAAGUCAUUUCUGACUUAUGGCAACUCUAAGGCAAAGCUAUCACAGGGUAUUCUAGGGCUGAGAGUGUGUGACUCACCCUAAAGCAGAUGGGAGAAAUCAGCAAUUGUACUGCAAUAAACCUCAGUUACAUCCA